AUGGGCAAAAAGAAGCGUGGCGGUCACCCCGACAUCGAGGAGAUCCUCGGCCGGCCGUGGUGCUAUUACUGCGAACGUGAUUUCGAAGAUCUGAAGCUGCUCAUCUCCCAUCAGAAGGCGAAGCACUUUAAAUGCGACCGAUGUGGUCGUCGACUGAAUACAGCUGGAGGUCUCUCCGUCCACUUGAACCAGGUCCACAAAGAAACCCUCGAGCAGGUUGAGAAUGCGCUCCCCAACCGCCAGGGCCUCGAUGUGGAGAUCUUCGGCAUGGAGGGUGUGCCCGCCGACGUGCUCGAGAGCCACCGUAGCCGACUGAUCCAGAACUUCUACCAGGCCCAGGAGGACAGGCGGCUGGCGACGGGCAACCCCCUCCCGGGACAGACGCAGAGCACGAGGAAGAAGAUCACGAUCGAGACGGCCGAGGAGCUCAAGGCUCGGUUGGCGGAGUGGAGGGAGAAGAGGAAGAAUGGGGGUGCUAUGGAGGAUGUUACUGCAACGACGACUGCCUCCCACCCGGGCUUCUCUCAACAGCCGUUUGGUGACAACAUCCCAUCGCGACCACCUCCCGGCGUGCCGUUCGGGCUGCCUCAGCGACCGGGCGACGGCGUGGCUCCCCAGGCGGACGAUAUUGAUAAUCUGAUCCGGAUGGCGGAGGCGCGUGCGGCGGCUGAUGCUGGAGAUGCUGCAGCCAAGGCGUCGAAGAAGGACAAGGAGAAGAAGGGCAGGAUGAUCUACGACGACGCGGAUACAAGUCCGGAGGAGAGGAUCGCUGCGCUGCCGCGGUAUGCGUAUGCAGCGGCGGCAUAA